CAAAAGAAAUAAUAAUUGAAUUUUAAAUGGGCUGAUUGUAAUAAACAAAAAUAUUCUCCGUAUUAAAUUAUGUGGAAUAGGGUACACGUGUCAUCCACUCAUUGGUCCACUUGUGGAGGGCACCAAAACCCUCAUUUUACAAAUGGCACCGAAUGAAACGCCUAUCUACUCACCUCUCUCAUUUCUCGUUUUUAUUUCCACUUUCAAUUACACCAGCCGCGGUCGUCGUCUCCCUUCUCCGCUGAUGUCGUCUCUUUCCUUCACCGCCACCGUCUUCAUCCUCUGUCGCCUCAGAAGCCGUUUGUGCGGAUGUCGUCUUUGUCGUGGUCAUCAUUCUUCGCUUAGGGCUUAUACCUCCCUUCUUAGAUCGGAUUCUCCUUCCAUCAUAUUUGUGUCCAUCAGAUUUAUGUACCUCGAUCAAAUGAGAGGUUUUGUCCAUUUCUUGUUAUUUGGCUGUUGUAUUGCUCUUUUGCUUCUUGCUCUAAUCAAUUGGUGCUGCUGGUCUAUUUAGUGUAUUUGGGAGGUUAUGACAUGGAGGAAAAAGAUACAAGGGUAUAUGAAAUAAGGCAACUGCCUGCAACAUAAUGGUCUGCGACCUCAUCUAAGAAAAAGCGAUCUCAAAUCAUCUUACUCUGUAAUGUCACCUGCUUAAGAUUCUUGCUAUAGAUCAAGGAUGUCUCACUGAUUCAAGAAGGACACCACCAUUUUAAGGCCAAAAACGAGUAGCUCUAUGAGUGGGAAGACUCUAUUAAAUGAUUAACUAGAAGAUGAUGAAAUUUGCCAUGAUUAAAGAUUUGUACUCUGAAUCUGUUCGACUAAGGCAAGGCCAGUAUUUCCUUUCUCACAUGUACCAUGUGCAUCUUUAUUUUUAUUUGGAGAAAAAUUAGAAGUGAUAUCUGUUUUGCUUUUGUGAUGCAUACAUCUUUUAAAGAGCAUAUUUAAUGUCAACCAGAGGUCUAUGCUUUGAGAGAAGAAAACAAAUUCUCCUCUUUACAAUCGUAGCAAGAAUAGGUUCCCACCUAAAUACCAAGUCCACCCUUUAGUGUUUCACCUUAUAGGUUGGUUUUUGGAAAAGCUUGUCAUUUACCAGUUGAAAUAGAUCAUAGGUCUUAUUGGGCUGUUAGGGAAGUUAGUUUAGACUGAUGCAGUUGGAAAAGAGAGAAAAUUGCAACUUUCAGAGUUAGAAGAUGUUAUAUCUGGGCCCGGCCCUAUCCUACCCUCCCCCAUGUCCCACACUCCCAUGGGAACCAAAGGACUUAGGUUCAAACAUUAUGAUCCAUUUUAGUAAGAAUUCAAAGUCCUUUAAUCCGGAAGGCCAAAUAACUUUCGUUUUUGACCUCGGGGUUCCGCUGGCCAAUCCUCUUUCCGUCCAACUCAACCCCAAAUAUCCAAAAGUAUUUUAUUUCCUUUUGAUAUCCAAAAUAAAGUUCUUCCUACUCUUAUUUUAGCCCAGGACCGAAAAUAAGAGUGUAAACCAAAACCUUUUUGUUUGUUGUUAUUUUCCUUCUUUUAAGCCUUUUAAUAAACAAGUAGAACCUUCCCUUCCUUUUAUUUCCUGGCCAAUUAAAACACACAAUCCCAA